CGAGACUGAAAGUUAGCUAGCUUAGAACGCUAACUGUGGAAGAAACACCAACCAUAACAUCAACAGUCCAUUGACUUUUUGUUGGGUCUGCUUUGUGAUAGUACGGACAGAAAAGGAAGCUCGGCAUACUCCACUUGGGCGUCACAUUUUCCUCAACACCGUUUACAUUGUGAGCCGAAUUGCGCAUCAGAACUGCUGCAAUGUUGUCAAGAUCUAUCUUCAUUCGCAAGGCUGCUGCCUUUUCAUCUCCGCGUAUCCGGGCUUCCGUUCUGCAAGCGCCGCUAGGCCAUCCACGAUGGACUCUUCGCUUUGCAACAACGGUUGUCAAGGUUCCACAGAUGGCAGAGUCAAUAACAGAGGGUACCUUAAAGAGUUUUUCGAAGCAAGUUGGUGACUACGUUGAGCAAGAUGAAGAAAUUGCUACCAUCGAAACAGACAAGAUUGAUGUUGCCGUAAACGCUCCAGAAGCAGGCAAGAUUAUUGAAAUUCUUGCUAACGAGGAAGAUACCGUCACAGUGGGCCAGGAGCUCGCAAAGAUUGAGAUCGGUGCGGAAGGAGAAGGCGGGAAAAAGGAAUCUGCGCAGGAGUCAAAGACACCACCACCUAAAGAGCAAGAGAUCUCAUCUCAACCGGCACAGGAGGUGGAGUCUUCUAAACCAGAACCCGUCAAGGAGGAGAAGAAGCCGGCGCCAUCAACACCGUCGCCGGAAUCGAAGAAACCAGAGCCCAAGAAGGAGCCCAAGAAGAUAGAACCUGCCGAACCGAAGAAGGAGGGAGGCUUCGGUUCCAGGGAAGAACGAAGAGUUAAGAUGAAUCGAAUGCGCCUUAGGAUCGCGGAGAGGCUCAAGCAGGCUCAAAACACGGCCGCGUCCCUCACAACCUUUCAAGAGGUUGACAUGUCUUCGCUCAUCGAAUUCCGUAAGCUAUACAAAGAUGAAUAUCUGAAGCGAACAGGUAUCAAACUGGGUUUCAUGUCUGCCUUCUCGCGCGCUUGCGUUCUCGCGAUGAAAGAAAUACCAACUAUCAAUGCCGGUAUUGAAGGUCCCAACGGAGGCGACACAAUCGUUUAUCACGACUAUGUAGAUAUCAGUGUUGCUGUUGCAACUGAAAAGGGAUUGACGACGCCCGUUAUUCGCAAUGUGGAGUCUAUGAACCUGCUCGAGAUCGAAAAGGCAAUUUCGGAUUUGGGCAAGAAAGCUAGGGACAACAAACUUACGAUUGAAGACUUGGCUGGAGGUACUUUCACCAUUAGUAAUGGUGGCGUGUUUGGCUCUCUCAUGUCUACUCCUAUCAUUAAUCCUCCUCAAUCGGCUGUCCUUGGUCUUCAUGCCAUCUUCAAUCGUGCAGUACCAAUCGACGGCAAGAUAGAGAUUCGACCGAUGAUGAACAUUACUCUCACCUAUGAUCAUCGCCUCAUCGAUGGAAGAGAGGCCGCUACUUUCCUAGUGCGAGUCAAGGAGUACAUACAGGAUCCUCGUCGCAUGCUUUUGGGCUAAAUAUGACGUGUGCCGAGUUUGACGGUCUGAUGGAUCACUGGAGAAUCAUGGCUUUAUAUUUAUGAUCGGUUGCGUUGAAGCAUGGUGAUUUCCUUGCGGCAUUUGUAUCAUACUACACACAUGUGUGCUUGGUGUCGCGGUAGUGACAACGUGUAGAACGAAGUCAUUUGUUGAUAUAGUGGAAAUUUCGUGCUCCUUUGUGUCCUUCUUUCACCAAGCUUUUCGUUGUUAAUGUACUUCUAGUCUUGCCUCGGCCAUUGUAUUUGAUCUCCUUUGAGAAUUUGAUCGUUAUUAAACAAAAACUGGCGCUUUGAGUAUCCGAAUUUUUUUGUCGCCCAUAUGUUUUUACUCUCUAUUGACCCAUUGUUGUGGGUGCGGCUAGCUGUC